UUCAUAUUCAUUUCAACCUUUGAAAUCCCUUUGUAACACCUAUUUUAUUACCCCAUUAAUUUCACUUGUAACCCCCUUUUUAUUUCCCUUUUUGCUGCUGGAAAUUGAUCACAAAAUUAGUCCAUUUUCCCCAUUUUAUUCGACCAUUUGAAGAGAUAAAGUUGAGAGGAAAAGUUCAUCUCGGUUUUCCCUGCUACACCUUCACGAAAAUGGCUAUCACCAGAGAUAUAACCGUUGGAUCGCCCUAAAAUUUGGACAGCACGUUUAGGACAUCUAGGCCUUCAUGAUGACUGGAGCGAUGUUGAAUCAGGACUAUAAAUUAUCGGGAAUCAAGAUCAGAGCAGAGCAACACAUAGAGGAAUUUAUGAUGUUCAAGAAGUAGAAUGCAAGUCAUUGGAGGUCUUCAAAGGAUUCAGUUUAUUUAGCAUAAUGGUUGCGUUAGAAGAAGAUAAUUAGAAUAGUUAAGUUUGGUUAUUGAUUAUUGAUGUUACUGUGAGGUGGUUGUUGGAGGAUGGCUAUGUAGACGUAUAUAAUUGAAGAUGGUAUGGGAAAUCAAGUAAUGAUGAUUGGAGGUUUCGUAUAAUUGUUAUAGAGUAAGAGUCAAACAUUGUUGCAGGUUUGGUGUUGUGAGCUCAGAAUUUUGAUGUGAAGCAAGAUAAAGAUGUCGUCGUAGCUUAUGGAUUGAGUUUGUAUUUUAGAUAGUUAAUUAAGGAAAAGUUUCUGAUAUAUUUCGUUGUAUACAAUAUUUGGGAAUAUAAGUCGAGAUCUUGGUGUAAUUGAAGUCUUAUAUAAAGGAUUUUGUUUUGUGAGCCAAUUACCCACAGGUUUAGGAUCAUUUUCUAGGUUAUGUUUCCGCUGCGAGUAAAUGUUUAAUUCGAGGCUUAUUAAGCAUUGAUUGUGAGUGAAUCUUAAGUGUGUUUACCUAGCAGCUCGGGAAUCGGGCUCUUACAUUUGUGCUGUAGUUCAACCGGCAAAUGACAUGCUUUGCCAUACACAAUGCGAUAGGGAGUGGUGCCUAUAGGUGUCUUGAAAGCCGUACGAAGAGCCCAAACCAAUCCUUUCGUGUCUUAUUGACCACUCUCUCAAGGACAUUCUUAACUUCUCGAUUUGAGACUUCAACUUGGCCUUGGGUUUGGGGGUGAUAAGGAAGACUGACUUUAUGAAUUACCCCGUACUUCUUCAAGAGUGCUUCUAGUUGCUUCUUGGUGAAGUGUGAACCGCCAUCACUUAUCAACACACGAGGCACUCCAAAUCGAGGAAAUAUGAUCUUUUUCAGGAGCUUGGUCACAACCUUGUGGUCAUUGGUAGGGGAGGCAAUAACUUAAAGGAAAAAUUGACACCAUGGGGCUGAACUAUACCCGGUUUUCUUUAAUAGGGACAAACUUUCAAUAUUCCAGUGGGGAGCCCAAGUAUUGUAUGACCCGGAUUUGCAUUGACCCAGCAGGUAAUUUAACCUGCUACUUCAGGUAACUAGAGUCACGUGAUCAUUAAAUGAACGUGUGACUUUAAAAACCUCCCCACCCCUGUUGUUUUUUCGUGAAUCCUCUUUGUUCUUCCUUUGGUCUUCUCUCUGUUCUUCCUUUCUUCUUCUCUCUUCAAUGACUUCUGCAUCUGGAUCUGGGUCAGUGAAUACAAGAAGUUCUGGGCGGGCAAUUGUGAAGUGUAACCAUGACAUUCCUACGAAAUUGCACACUAUGAAAUCUGGUGGACAUGUUGGAAGGAAAUUCUAUGGGUGUGCGAUGUGGCCAGCACCAGAUUGUGGAUUUUUCAAAUGGGAUGUUAAUGAAGGGUAUUCAAAGGAAUGUCAUGAAUGUGAAGAGUUACAUGUGAAGUUGUUGGAGCAGUGCACAAGCAUUGCUGAGUUGGAACUGCAGUUCAAGAUUUUUGAAGACAAGGUUAGCAAAAUAAAGAUGAAGAAGGAAAAAAUGGCUGCUGAAGUUGAAGAGUUGAGGAAGGAGAUGGCUAGAAUUAAUGCUGAAUUGGCUAAGAGUAAUGGAGGGGAGAAAUUGGCUAUAAGGGCGUUGUUGUUGUCCUGGAUUUUCUUUGUUGUGAUCAUUGUUUCCAUGAAUUGAUCAUUAUAGUAUGUUUAGGGUGGGGAUGUUAGUAUGAUGCAAAUGUUAAGGGUG